AUGAAGAGGAUACUGUGGGCUCUCUCUCUCUUGGAAUGCAAAAAUGAUGAACUUUUUGAAGGGAGCCACAGCUGUGGGUGUGGUUACAACAAAUGGAGAGCUGCUAAUCAACACAUGCAGUUUCAUCAAAUCCUUGGUAGACCAUGGUUGUUCCAAAACCAUGGACAUAGCCAUCGACAAGAUGAAGUUCGAACUUGCUGCAACUUCAAACGUGAACAUGAUGAAAAGCUGAACGAAAUUAAGGAGAACGUUGUUGAAAUGAAGGCUAGCUCAGGUAAGCAAAUGCAAGAUGGUAAAAAGCAAGCGAGCCAACCUGGAGAGUCUAGAGAAUCUGAUGUGUUGAACCCACCAGAUAUUUAA